AUCUGUUGGUUUCGAGAGUUGAAUAUGUCGACUGAAGAAUAUCGACUUGUUCACCAAAAAAUCGUUCUCUUCGAUUAAUCGAUAAAGUUCGUACUUUGUGGUGUCUGCACGCGACAUGCCGGCCUUAACCUCUAAUCCACUCCAAGAAAUUUGAAAGAAAUUAUCAAACAACGAUGGAAGACAUAGAAAAUGAUUUGGAAAGCGAUCAUGAGGUGUCGAAGGAACAUUCCAAGCUGUUGGAGGAGAUCUCGAAGCUUGAUAAGGGCCGGAGACUGAAAAAACCAGUUCGAAGUGAACCGAGUCUGCAGGUGUCAGAGUUCCACCUUGUAAACUCCGGAGUGUCAAACAAGGAGUCAGUCCCCCUGAAGGAGCUGCUCCACACCCUAGAGAACAAUCCAACCCAUCGUCCUCUGACUCAGAAGCUGAAGUCUCUGAAAACGACAAAAGCCCUGGCAAAGCCCCUGGAGAAACCACAGGCAGAUAAAUUGAAGCGAGAGGUCGGCUUCGAGAACACGAAGAAGGAGAUCCAGAAGUGGGAUGCUAUUAUCACAAGGAAUAGAGCGGCUCCGAAGCUGUCAUUCCCUCUUAGCCAGGGAAAGGUGUCACUAAAGGGUACCACAACAGAUGAAUUUGUGAAGCGGUUUCGAGUCCAGUCGGACCUGGAGAAGGAGUUGGCAGCUCUGGAGCCUCCAAAACAGGAAGAGGAGUCGAAGACUGACGAAUUUUCUCUGACUCUGGGGGAGAUCCUGGAGAAGAGGCGAGAAGCAGCGAGAUUCAGGGCUCAACAGUCAUACAGAGAAGCCAAGGCCCACCGCCAGAACAAAAUCAAAAGUAAGAAGUUCCACAGAAUUGCCAGGAAGGCGAAGAUCAAGCAACAGAUCAAGGAGUUCGAGGUGCUCCAGAAAACGGAUCCUGUUGCUGCGAUGGAGAAACUCGAGCAGCUGGACAGAACCAGAGCCGAGGAGAGGAUGUCCCUGAGACACAAGAGCACAGGUCAGUGGGCCAGGAACAAACAGGUUCGAGCCAAAUACGACACAGAGAGUAGAAAAGUACUUGCACAGCAGUUGAGCAUCAGCAAGGAACUCACGCAGAAGGUCAAGAAGGUAGAGGACAGUGAGGAGGAGGACGAGGGAGUCGUGGUCGAUGGCGGGGACAACCCCUGGACUAAUCCGGUGAAGUCUGAGGAGGAGAUCCAGGAGUUCGUCAAGGGGUACAGGAAGUACUGGGAAGAGAGGAAUAAAACACUUGAUCAGAAGAAAGAAAGAAAUCGCGAUGAGACUGUGGCAAUUAUUCCUGUGGACGUCCCCGAGGAUCUGAAUCCUGUGGAAAGUGUCCUCGAGGAAGUGGUGGAGAAGAAUCCCGGGAUCAUGAAUGGAGACUUGAAAAACAUUGGGAAGAAAAAAAAGACAGAUGUCGAAAAAAGUGGAAAUCCUGGAAAUAAAAAACCUCGGACUCCGGGGAAAAUCGAGUGGGAAGGAGAUGACGAGGGGAAUUUCGAGGUUGAAGAAGUGAUUUUAAAGGGGAAAGUCGUGAAAGUGAAAAAAUUACAGAAAAAAUUCACAUCUGAUUGGACUAUUGAGAGUUUUCCAAGGAGUGAAAUUAAAAAUAAUGAUUUUCCAGUGGAUAUUGAUGAGUUGUUUGAUAGAAUGGAAGGGAAGAUCAAGAAGAAGGCGAAGAACAAGAUGAGAAAGGUCCAGCAGAAGCUCAGGAAGCUCGAGCGGCUGGCGAGUGAUGAGCAGCAGAUGAAGGAAUCUAAGGCACUGCAGUCAGAUCUCUCGUUCAAGAGGACGAAAUUUCGGCCGGAUAUCGAUGAAGCCAUGGACGAGACUCUAGGGGAUGAGGCAACGACAGAGGAUAACAGAAAUCCAAUUGUUGAGGCGAGUCACGUGCGACGAGAGAGUGAAAUCGAUCCCACAAAAUUCAUAUCUGUGAAACCGAAGCAUCUGAAGACUCAGCUGCCUGAUGAAAUCGGAGAGGGGGCGAUGGAUGACAGCGAUGAGGAUGAAGAUCAGCGAAAUAUUAUCAGCGAGGCUUUUGCUGAGGACGAUGUUGUCGAGGAGUUCAGGAAGGACAAGGAGAAUGAGAUAAAAAAAUCACAGCCUGAGGACCUGGACCUGCGUCUCCCCGGAUGGGGCUCCUGGGGAGGGAAAAAUAUAUCUCAAAAUUCACGGAAGAAACGGAGAUUUAUCAUGAAAUUCCCGAAGGACGUGCCACGCAAGGACGAGAAUAAGGGAGACGUAAUCAUCGUCGAAGGGGCAAACACUCAGAUAAAACGGCAUUUGGUUGGUGAAUUGCCUUAUCCAUUUACGAGUGUAGCUGAGUAUGAGGCCAGCAUUCGGGCGCCAAUCGGUCGAGACUUUGUCCCUGAAAAUGCCCAUAAACGUCUGAUAGAACCAGAGGUUUCCACGAAGAUGGGAACCAUUAUUGAACCCAUGGACGAGGAGGUGUUGGUGAAGAAGAGUAAGAUUACUGGACUGUUGCCGGAUAAACAGAAGAUCGAUAAGAAGAGUGAUAAGAGGAAAGCUGGGAUUAAGAGGAAGAAAAUUGAGUGAAAUUACACCCCCUGGGGAGAGAAACGGUGUACAUAAUCAAAUUAAUUGUUCAAAGUGUCGAAAAAUAAUUGCUUUGAUGUGGAGAG